AUGAAGCUAGACUUCACUUUCUUGAAGAAAAUAGACCACUUUAUGAAUAUUUCCCUUGGAUUAGAUCAACACAGAAUGGAAGAGAUAGCUAUGCAGUUUGUCAUAAUUGUUGGCGGAGAGCUAGCCGACAAGCUGCACAAGAUUCUCAACGUGAAAUCUCUAUACCACAGUUGCCAUCUGAACCUGCCCCUGCAUCUGCCCCUGCCCCUCCACCUGCACCUGCCUGUCUGCCAGAUCAAAGAUCCAUUGAAUCGGCCCCUAUCUAUUUACCUCAUUACAAGAGAGCUGCUAGUACAUCACGACACUGCAUUUAUGCUGACUGUGGUAAUGCAUCCAUGCAUUUAA